GUAAAAUCAGACGGUAGUACAUGCCGAGCAAUCGUAGAAGACGGUAGACAGGUGGUGUGUGUUACUUGACUUGCAAAAAAGGUCGUCAAGUUAAACCGAACUCUCGUCGUGCGCGUGUAUGACGGUCUCGAUUUAGAGGGAAGCCGGGGGGGGGAAUAGGAAGGAGAAUAGGCUUAUUGUCAAUGUUGAGGAUAGUCAUGAGUUCAUGAUUUUCUUCGUUCGGACAAAAUUGAGACGAAGUAACGCGAAAUCGGGCAUCCUUAUGUUAACGAUUUAAAUAGAAGACAAUAAGAAGAAGAGAAAAAAAGAAAGAGAGCAAAGAACAAUAUUUAUAAAUAAUUAACGAUCGAAAGAAUAAUCAAGGUGAUAAAUUAAAUAAGGCAAAGAGAAAAAGAAAAAAAAAAGAAAAAAAAAAGAGAGGUUAGGAUAAGGAUAGAAAGGAACAAGUUGAACCGAUUAAUGUUGUGGACAUUGUUAUCAAAUGAUCGAGCAGUUUAAAGGAUGAUGAAAUUAAAUGGAAAAUGCAAUUUUAUUGUAGAAGAAUAAAAGAAGUCGAAAUUGAUACCGGCUGUGUUUGGGCUUUCGGACACGACGACAUAACUGUGUGUUCUCUCUCUCACUCUAUUUCUUUUUAUUUCUCUCUCUCUCUCUUUCUCUCUCUAUUUCUUUCAAUUUCUCUCUCUCUCUCUCUCUCUUAGUCAUUAUCAUAUUCUUCAAUCGUCAAUUAUUCUUGCCAUUAUCGUCGUCGUACAUUAAUAAAGUAAAGUAAAGAAAUUCGAAAGAAACAAAAAAAACCAAAAAAAAAAAAAAAAAAAAAGAAAAAGAAAAAAGAAGAAGAAGAAAAACAAAGGUAAUUCACCCUGAGUUCGAUCUGGUGUCAUUUCUCUGUCUGUCUGUCUCUCUGUCUGUUAGAGAGAGAGAGAGUGAGAGUGAGAGAAAGAGAGAGAGACAGACAGACAGACAGACUUUCGUAACGUAAGAAGGAGAGAAAAGAAAAGAAAAGAAAAGAAAAGAAAGGAAAAAAAAUAAAUAAAAAAGGAAAAUAAAAGAAGGAAAGAAAUAGAAAAAGAAAAGGAAAAAAAGACCAUUCGCAUGAUCGAGGAGCGUAAAGGAGAGAGAGAGAAAGAAGAAGAAGAAGAAGAAGAAAACAAAAAAAGGAAAAGAAAAACAUAAAGGAGGAAUCAUGGCUACGGUCUUUGAUAGUCCAUUUCUGUCGAAUCGACUGCGUCAAAUCGAGGAACGUUACGAGCCUAGCACAUUUGGCAGGUGCGAUUGCACGAGCUAUAGUUAUUUAUCGGUGAGUGUCGUUCUCUUCACGGUCGGAACGACUAUCACCGUAUUUGCUCUUGGCAAUGUCGCCGAGGGAUACGUAUUUUCCAAUUUGGGCCAUAUGUGGCUCAUAGGUCCGAUCUUUAUCUGUUCCGGACUGAUGGUUGCCGUUAAGUGUAUGCUAUAUCUCAGAAGAAAAUCCGUCAUACAGAUGAUCUUUCAUCAACGACAACUUUUCAGGCAUUUACAGGAACUGGCAGCAUCUCCGAGCGUUGGUACAAGCGGUAUGGGUACUCCUGGACCACCUUCUUACGAAGUUAUUACACAAGCUCAAGGAUCAAAUGAAUUGCCACCUCCUUCAUAUGCAGAAGCUGUUUCACUUUUACGACAAGCAGGAAUUAAUGAUACAAAAUUGGAUUGUGGAACUGUUUCGUGCAGUACCAUCAAUGUCGAUGAGAAUAUGCGUAGCAAACCUUGAGGUACGUUUUGAAUUCUCUAAGGGUAAUCGACUUGGCCUAUUUGAAGAUAUUAGCAAAGACGAGAGGACUUUAAUGUCUCUCAUUGCUGAAGAGUAUCUUGUAUUGGAUGGUUAUUCGUAUGAAACAAUUUGAUAUUGUUUCAAAUUUACUAGAAAGCAUUCUGAGAAUUAGAUCAGCAGAGAAGGGUAUAUUUGAAAUCCAAUUGGUUUUGGAUUUUUUUUUCCUUUUUCUUUUCCUUUUUUUUUUGUUUUU